GCAGAGCGCUGUCCAUAAUGAUCUCUCUUUACCCCACCUUAGCAACUCUUUAUACUUUAUGCAUUUGGAUUGUCAAAUUUGCCGCAGGCUGUCCUGAUCUAUGGACUCCUAUGAACGGGAGAUGCUGCAAACAGUGUCCUCCAGGACAAUAUCUUGAGGAGUUCUGCACAGAAAAAAAAGAAACCGUCUGUCGCCCGUGUCCUGACAACUCCUUCUCUCCACAACAUAACGCCUUUAACAAAUGUAUGCAAUGUAAUUCGUGCCGAGGUGCUCACCGAGAACAUGAAGAGUUAUGUUCCCCAACCACAAACGCAAAAUGUUCAUGUCACCCUGGUUUCCUGUGUUCUGAUGACGCGUGCUCACAAUGUGUGGAAAAUAUAUGUGAUGCUGGUGAGAAAGCAGUGAAGACAGGAUCCGCUGCAGGGCUGAGGCCGUACAAGUGCCAGCCAGCAUGUCCUGAUCAUGAAUAUUUGGACAUGAAAAUGAAUAUCUGCAGGCCAAAACUACAGUGCAAAAAGGAAGGACUCGUGGAGCAGUUUCCGGGGAACAGAACCCAUGACGCAGUUUGCCAUAAACACUCUGAACUACGACCCGACUCCUCACCAGACACUGACAGAGAUGCCCUCUGUGUGACCUGGCACAUCGGAUGUGUGUUGCUGGCUCUCAUUCUUCUCGUGAUCCUGUCUCUCAACUCUAUAAAUGUUGCAAAGAACUGUAGAGCAGAUAAAACCACUGUUGCCACGCCAGUGACCGUUUAUGACUCACACCUGUCCAAGGAAGAGAGUGGCCUUCAGCAGCUCAUCAUCCAGACCGAUUCCAACAAGAGCCAACUCCAGGAAAUAGUCACCACCUUGCAAUAGGGAUGACAAAAGCAAUGUAUUGACUUGGAUUGGUUUGGUAGCCACACAAAUAUGAGAUACCUCUAGUCUAGUGACAAAGGGCAUGUAAAUAUUUCAUACACUGCUUGUUUAUUUGUAUUUGACGCUUGUUGUUUUAUGCCUAACUUCUCUUUUCUAUGUUAAGACUCUUUCCCUGCAACCAAUAGGAGAGCAUGAUUGAACUGUACCAUAUUACGAUUCUGUUGUGGGGAAAAAAAGGUGGGGAUAAAAGCUGUAGUUACUUUUACACGGAUUACUGCAACUUGAAAUUGAUUAAAAAUGUUCAGUAACCAAAA